GGAAGUCAGCUGUCAUUGUGGCUAUGGUGGUCAUUUAAAGAUGGCGGAGUGCUUGGCUGCACGUUUGGCAGCUCAGGAGGAGCAAAUCCGGCUUCUCGCCGGGGAAAUCUCCUCUCUUCGGGAUGGACUAAGCCGAGGUGGUCUGAACGCCACCGGAGCUGCUGUGAUCACCCCGGAGCUGGAGACCCUGAGGACGGAGAAUGAGAAGCUGAAGUACCGGCUGCUGCACCUCCGUCGGGGUCUGCAGGCAGAGCUGCAGCUGGAGGAGGUGGCGCAGGGCGAGAGACAGCACUCAGCCAAGUGUGGCAGGGGUCCGGAGAGAAACACCAGUAAAGAGCAGCAGAUACACAACCGAGUGGAUAAAAAGGUUGCAGCCCCAGUGACCAAACCAGGUGACAGGAACAAGGAGAAGAAGCAGGAUAAGGGACAAGGAGCUGGAGGUGUGAAAGAGCUGAAGCCUUGGCCUGGAUACAUUGCAGAGCGCCUCAGCCUCUAUGAAGAGCUGAAGACGGAGAGUGAUGCCCUCCUGGCCCAGAGAGCUGCAAACAGCAAGCCCAUUACGGUGGAGCUGCCCGACGGACAUAAGGUGACGGGCAAGGCUUGGGUCACCACCCCAUACCAACUGGCCUGCGACAUCAGCCAGGGCCUGGCUGACAAUGCAGUGAUAUCUCGGGUCAACGGGGAGCUCUGGGACUUGGACAGACCUCUCGAGCAGGACUGCUCUCUUGAGAUCUUGCGCUUUGACAAUGAGGACGCUCAGGCUGUGUACUGGCACUCCAGUGCUCACAUCUUGGGGGAGGCAAUGGAGCACUUUUAUGGAGGUUGUUUAUGUUAUGGACCCCCCAUAGAGAAUGGCUUCUACUACGACAUGUUCCUGGAUGGACAAAAGGGAGUGUCCAGCACUGAGUUUGGGGACUUGGAGACUUUGUGUAAGGGUGUGGUGAAGGAAAAACAGCCUUUUGAGAGGCUGGAGGUCAGCAAGGAGACACUGCUGAAGAUGUUUAAGUACAACAAAUUCAAGUGCCGCAUUCUGAAUGAAAAAGUCACCACCCCCACUACAACAGUCUACAGAUGCGGGCCCUUGAUUGACCUGUGCAGGGGUCCCCAUGUAAGACAUACAGGCAAGAUCAAGGCCAUGAAGAUCUAUAAGAACUCUUCCACCUACUGGGAGGGGCGCUCUGACAUGGAGACACUUCAGAGGAUCUAUGGGAUUUCUUUCCCGGACUCAAAGAUGCUGAAGGAGUGGGAACGUUUUCAGGAGGAGGCCAAGAAUAGAGACCAUCGCAAGAUUGGCAAAGACCAGGAGCUGUUCUUCUUCCAUGAUCUGAGCCCUGGCAGUUGUUUCUUCAUGCCACGGGGAGCCUACAUCUACAACACCCUCACUGAGUUCAUCAGGGAUGAGUAUUGGAGAAGAGGCUUCCAGGAAGUAGCCUCCCCCAACAUCUAUAACAGCAAACUGUGGGAGACAUCUGGCCAUUGGCAACACUACAGCGAAAACAUGUUCUCCUUCCCUGUGGAGGAUGACAUCUUUGCACUGAAGCCCAUGAACUGUCCCGGACACUGUUUGAUGUUCAGCCACAGGCCUCGCUCAUGGAGGGAGCUUCCUCUGAGGCUGGCGGAUUUCGGGGUCCUCCACAGGAACGAGCUGUCAGGAACACUUACUGGGCUCACCAGAGUGCGGCGUUUCCAACAGGACGACGCUCAUAUUUUCUGCACGAUGGAUCAGAUCGAGUCAGAGAUGAAGGGCUGUCUUGACUUCCUCCGCUGUGUUUACGAUGUGUUCGGCUUCUCCUUCCAGCUUCACCUCUCCACUCGUCCAGAGAAGUACCUGGGUGACAUCGCUGUGUGGAACCAAGCUGAGAAGCAAUUGGAGAACAGCCUGAAUGAGUUUGGGGAGCCAUGGAAACUCAACCCUGGAGACGGUGCUUUUUAUGGACCCAAGAUUGACAUCAAGAUCAAAGAUGCAAUUGGACGUUACCACCAGUGUGCAACCAUUCAGCUGGACUUCCAGCUGCCCAUCCGCUUCAACCUGACCUUUGUGGGGAAGGACGGGGAUGACAAAGCCCGGCCAGUAAUCAUCCAUCGUGCCAUCUUGGGCUCAGUUGAGAGGAUGAUUGCCAUUCUCACAGAGAACUAUGCAGGAAAAUGGCCUCUGUGGCUCUCUCCACGUCAGGUGAUGUUAGUGCCUGUCAAUCCCUCCUGUGAGGAAUAUGCCAAGAGGGUUUGUAAGCAAUUUACUGAAGCUGGUAUCAUGGCGGAUGCUGACCUGGACUCUAGCUGUCUUUUGAACAAAAAAAUCCGCAAUGCUCAGCUGGCCCAAUAUAACUUCAUUCUCGUGGUCGGAGAGAAGGAGAAGAUGACUAACAGCGUCAAUGUGCGCACAAGGGACAACAAAGUCCACGGAGAACUGUCGGUGGCUGAGGUGCUGGCCCGCCUGACCCUGCUCAAACAGUCCCGCUGUCAGAACGCAGAGGAGGAGUUCUGAUAGAGACAAAGAACAAACCGGACAUUUGAAUACCUCAGUCUUCUCUUAGAACUACAGUCAGAUGAGCAGGAAAGGGAGAAAUUACAUGUCACAUAAAAGUGGUACAGGGAAAGUGUAAUACACAGGACAGAAGUCAGAAAGUGAAACUGCUGAACUGAUGGAUAGACCUGUAAGUAAAUGAACGGGGCUGCAACUUGCCCACAAGGUUACAUGUGCAGGAUGACUGUGGUGUUUUCAGUAUGUAUGUGGUCUUGGUAAUUUAAGAAAACAAUGCAUCGUCACAAUGAAGGCUGUGUGAAUUUAGCACUGAGUUGUUUCACAAAGAUCUGUCUCUGUGGGGAACUGUGUAUGACCAGAAAUAAAGUAAAACUGCUGAA